CACUCGGUCCCAGCCCUAGCACUUGUGCUGUCAUUCAGCACCAGGCUCCGCCCCGGCCACGUGUAGUCACUCACUCUGCCCACCGCCCGCGCACUUGUGCUGUCACUCAGCCGGGUUCUGUCCAAGCAGGAGGUACAGCUCGGGCCCCCAGCCGGACACUCGGCCAGUCGCCCCGCCGCCGGCCUAUGGACGCCGUGCUCCUCCUCGCCCUUGGGCUGCUGGCCCAGAGCCUGGGCCUGUCCCUGGGGGUCCCUGGGCUGAGAAGGCCCAGCACCCUGUUCCCUUGGCGCCGGGCGCCCACGCUGGGCCGUGUGCGGAGAGCCUGGGUCAUCCCCCCCAUCAGCGUGUCUGAGAACCAGAAGCGCCUCCCCUACCUACUGGUGCAGAUCAAGUCGGACAAGCAGGAGCUGGGCAGCGUCAUCUACAGCAUCCAGGGGCCUGGUGUGGACGAGGAGCCCCGGGGCGUGUUCUCCAUCGACAAGUUCACAGGGAAGGUGUUCCUGAAUGACAUGCUGGACCGCGAGAAGACGGACCGUUUCAGGGUGGGGCUCUUCCCCGCAGCAGGCGCCUGUUCCCGUGUCUGGCUAAGACCACUUCUCCAGCAAGAUCUUUUCAGACACUCCUGCUUCGCCCGCGACAAACAACAGAAGGCAAAAGGCUUACACAUUCAAGUUUGCACAGGCCAAACGGGGGGCCUGGCCCUGGCACGGUGGGCUGCAGGGGAGCAGCAGUUAGGGAUUGGCACCUGUGGGCAUCGCACCCACAUGUUCUCAACCUUCCCAGGCACCUACGUGACCAGGGCUGAGGCCGUGGAUGCUGACGACCCAGAAACAGACAACGCAGCCCUGCGGUACUCUAUCCUGGAACAGGGCAGCCCGCAGCUGUUCAGCAUCGAUGAGCACACAGGGGAGAUACGCACAGUGCAAGUGGGCCUGGACCGAGAGGUGGUCGCCGUGUACAAUCUGACUCUGCAGGUGGCGGACAUGUCUGGAGAUGGCCUGACUGCCACUGCCUCAGCCAUCAUCACCCUUGAGGAUGUCAAUGACAAUGCCCCUGAGUUCACCAGGGAUGAGUUCUUCAUGGAGACCACAGAGGCUGUCAGCGGAGUCGACGUGGGGCGGCUGGAGGUGGAGGACAGGGACCUGCCAGGCUCCCCCAACUGGGCGGCCAGGUUCAUCAUCCUGGAGGGCGACCCCGAUGGGCAUUUCGCGAUCCACACAGACCCCAAGACCAAUGAGGGCGUGCUGUCUGUGGUAAAGCCCCUGGACUAUGAGCGUUGUGACCAGUACGACCUCAAAGUGGUGGUGCAGAACGAGGCCCCCCUGCAUGCGGCUGCCCCCAAGGCCGAGCGGGGCCAGGCAAGGGUCAGCGUGCAAGUGCAUGAUGUCAACGAGGCGCCCGUGUUCCAGGAGAACCCCCUGAGGACCAGCCUGGCUGAGGGGGCAGCCCCAGGAACCCCCGUGACCACCUUUUCUGCCCGAGACCCCGACACACAGCUGCUGCAGAGGCUCAGCUACUCCAAGGAUUAUGACCCCGAGGACUGGCUACAAGUAGAUGGAGCCACGGGUCACGUCCAGACCCAGCGUGUGCUCAGCCCGGCAUCUCCCUUCCUCAAGGAUGGCUGGUAUAGGGCCAUCAUCCUGGUCCACGACAAUGCCUCCCCACCCUGCACAGCCACCGGGACCCUGUCCAUUGAGAUCCUGGAGGUCAACGACCAUGCCCCUGAGCUGUCCCCACCAUCUGGAAGCCUGUGCAGUGAGCCAGAUCAAGGCUCUGGCCUUCUCCUGGGUGCCAUGGAUGAAGACCUGCCCCCCCACGGGGCCCCCUUCCACUUCCAGCUGAGCCCCAGGAUUCCAGAGCUGGCCCGGAACUGGAGCCUCAGCCAGAUUAACAUGAGCCACACACGCCUGCAGCUGCGGCACCAGGUCCAAGAGGGGCUGCACCACCUCAGCCUGCUGCUCCGAGACUCAGGGCAGCCGCCCCAGCAGAGGGAGCAGCUCUUGAACGUGACCGUGUGCCGCUGCAGCCAAGAUGGAGCCUGCCUGCCAGGGGCCUCUGCGCUGAGGGUUGGGGCCGCAGGCAUCAGUCUGGGCGCUCUGGUCAUCAUUCUUGCCAGCAUCAUCCUGCUGCUCUUGCUCAGCCUGCCCGUGGCCCUCCUUGCGCGGUUCCGGCAGCAGUCGUGGGACAAGGGACUUCUGCAGGGGCUGCAGGACGAUCUCAGGGACAACAUUCUCAACUACGAUGAGCAGGGAGGCGGGGAGGAGGACCAGGACGCCUAUGACAUCAGCCAGCUGCGCCACCCAACUGAGCUGGCAGCCUUGAGCGCCCCUCCGGGUCGGCCACCGCUGCGCCGUGAUGCCCCGUUUGGCCGGGUGCGCCCCCCACCACCCCGAGCGCUGCCCACCAGCCCUGCUGACAUCGUAGACUUCAUCAAUGGCGGCUUGGAGGCUGCGGACAGUGACCUCAGCGUCCCACCCUAUGACACGGCUCUCAUCUAUGACUACGAAGGGGAUGGGUCCGUGGCAGGGACACUGAGCUCCAUCCUGUCCAGCCUGGGUGAUGAGGACCAAGACUACAGCUGUCUCCAGGACUGGGGCCCCCGCUUCGCCCGGCUGGCCGACAUGUAUGGCCCUCACUGAGGUCUGAAGCAAGGACGGGACACCAUGGCAGCUGAAGACAGGGAAAGGAGCUUUCUGAUGGGGACCUGCCCCCACCCUGCUGAGGGCACAACCACCUGGACACAGAGGGCAAACAUCCUUACCAGGAUGGACAGCCUGAUCACAAGGGCCCGACUAGAUAUGCCAAAAGCUGGCCAUGUGGCUGGGAGGACCAGCUGACCUGUGUGGAGGUGGCCACAGGGUACCUGGCCCCAUACCUGGGACCUUGGGCAGCCUGUUUCUCCCAGCGGAGGAUGGAGUCCAGGGGCAGAGCCCAAAGCCUGGAGUGGUGCUGCAGGAAGGAGGCACCUCUCCGACACUGAGGGUCCAACAGCCCUGCUCUGAGUUGCCUGCGAGAGGUUCAGCCACCCCCAUUCCCAGCUCUGCCUCCCCCCACGCAGAUCUCAUGUUUGUAUGAAAGGAAGCAGCUCUCCAACAAAUGUGAAUUAAAAAUGCGCUGCCUCUCCA